GCAGAUUGGGUGUUUUGUCACGUACGUUAUAGUUUGUCGCAGCUGCACAUGCAUAUAGUUGAUAGUUGUAUGUAAUUAGUUAAGUCGAUUUGUGUACCGCGUCUGAUAAUAGUGUUAGUGUUGAUGUGCAUUUUGUUUACAACGCAUUGUUGUCUAAACAGCAAAGGUGUGUGAUAAGACAAGGUGACUUUGUUGGAUGCUCUGAGCUUGCUGUAGUUUGUGUUUUUGAUAACGUCGUUAAGCUGUUAGUCUCCUCAUCAUUCGUUCUGAACAGCUGUUCCCGAGAGUGGCGUACUUUAAGUCUUUGUUCGACCGCUUUACGUAUUGCACCAGUUUUGCCGUAGAGGGGGAAACAAAAUGGAUCGUGUAACAGUUCUGGACGGGGGCUUUGCCACCCAGCUGUCGGUUCACGUCGGGAAGCACGUCGACGGGGAUCCUCUGUGGAGUGCCCGGUUCAAUGCGACCAAUCCGAAUGCGGUGUUCAAAACGCAUCUGGAUUUUCUGCAGGCCGGUGCCGAGUGCAUCAUGACCAACACCUACCAGGCCAGUAUUGAAGGAUACAUGGAGUAUUUGGAUGUCAGCGAAGCGGGCAGUUUGCAGUUGAUCAAGUCGACGGUUAAGCUUGCUCAGAUGGCAAGGACCAAGCAUUUGGCAGAGAACGCCGUCCGGCGGGUUCCGUUGGUGGUGGCUUCGAUUGGACCCUACGGGGCGCACUUGCACGAUGGGUCGGAAUAUACGGGGGAGUAUGCGGACUACGUGUCGGUGGAUACGAUACAGAAGUGGCACCGGUCGCGAAUCGAUGCCUGCCUGGAAGCUGGAGUGGAUGUGCUGGGGAUCGAGACGAUCCCUUGUCAGAUGGAAGCCGAAGCCAUGCUGGACAUGCUGACCGAAGACUACCCGCACGUCCGGUUCUGGAUUUCGUUCCAGUGUAAAGACAACGCUCACAUCGCCCAUGGAGAGAGCUUCGCCGAAACGACCAGCUACCUGUGGAACAAAGCCAAACUGCUGGGAAAUGGUAAUCUGCUUGCCAUCGGCGUAAACUGUGUUCACCCGCAAUUUGUCAGCCCACUGUUCCGGUCGGUCAAUGAGAAACGCCCCGCCAAGGAUCGGAUCCCGUUGAUCGUGUAUCCUAACUCGGGAGAGGUCUACAACGUUGAAACUGGAUGGCAGGGAAAAGAGGACUGCGUCCCACUGGAACACUACGUUCCACAGUGGAUCGAACUCGGAGCUCGCUUCAUCGGAGGCUGUUGCCGUACCUAUGCACGUGACAUCGAACGUAUCAAGCAGACCGUAACCUCACUGCAGGGGGGUGCACUUUAGGGGCUAGAUUGUCUGCAGCACUGUGACAGCGUGAGACUAUUUUCUCUCUUUAAGUUUUAUCUAAUUAGACACGUAUUUCCUUGAGAUUUGUUUA